CUGAGAUACACACCUAUCCAGAUUGUACUAUAAAAAGAAUACCACCCAGCCAUGCUUUCCAACAAACUUGAUGGACCACGUCGAGGACGGUCUUUUGACUCCAUCAAUAAGUUUUACGAAGAGAAGAAACUCAACAAUGAGAUGAACAAAACUACUUUGAACAAAACAGACAGAAACAAAGAUAAGAUAAUAUCCUCCAAGAGGGAACAUGCUGCAAUUGUAUUCUCUCUAAAGAAUGAAGUUGGAGGUCUUGUGAAGGCUUUGAAACUAUUUCAGGACAACCAGGUAAACCUUUUACAUAUUGAGUCACGUAAGUCCCGGCGGCGUAACUCAGAGUUGGAAGUACUGGUUAAUUGUGACAGUGAUCGAGAAACUCUGAAAGAAAUCGUUCAGCUGCUGUGCAAACAAACAAGCAUUAUAGCCAUGGACUCACCUGAUACGUUCUGCACUCCUGCAAACGAUCUUGCCGAGGUGCCUUGGUUCCCCAAGAAAGUCUCAGAUCUGGAUAAGAGUGCCAGUCGUGUUCUAAUGUAUGGUUCAGAUUUGGAUGCUGAUCAUCCGGGAUUCAAGGACCAUGUUUAUCGAAAGAGAAGGAAAUAUUUUGCUGAUCUUGCCAUGAGUUACAAACAUGGAGAUCCAAUUCCACGUGUGGAGUUUACAGAUGAAGAGGUGAAGACAUGGGGAGUAGUGUUUCGGGAGUUAAAUAAACUAUACCCCACACAUGCUUGUAGAGAGUACCUGCGCAACUUGCCCCUGCUCACCCAAUAUUGCUGCUACAGAGAGGACAACAUACCACAGCUAGAAGAUGUCUCCAACUUCCUGAGAGGGCGAAGUGGCUUUACCAUUCGCCCUGUUACUGGGUACCUGUCACCAAGAGAUUUUCUGGCUGGACUGGCCUUCAGAGUGUUUCACUGUACACAAUAUGUGCGUCACAGUUCGGAUCCUCUAUACACUCCUGAGCCGGACACCUGUCAUGAGUUGCUGGGUCAUGUUCCUCUGUUGGCUGAACCCAGUUUUGCACAGUUCUCUCAGGAAUUAGGACUGGCUUCUCUUGGGGCAUCGGAUGAUGCUGUACAGAAAUUGGCAACAUGCUAUUUCUUCACGGUGGAGUUUGGUCUGUGCAAACAAGAGGGUAAACUCAGAGCAUAUGGUGCUGGGCUUCUCUCAUCCAUCAGUGAACUUAAGCACUCUCUCUCAGGCACUGCUAAAAUCCUGCCCUUUGAGCCCAAAGUCACCUGUAACCAGGAGUGUCUCAUCACCACCUUUCAAGAGGUGUACUUUGUUUCUGAGAGCUUUGAGGAAGCCAAAUUCAGAAUGCGUGAGUUUGCAAAGACAAUCCAGCGUCCAUUUUCACUGCGAUAUAACCCGUACACACAGAGUGUAUGUGUGCUGAAGGACAUGCCCAGCAUCAAUGACGUAGUUGAGGAGCUCAGACACGAGCUGGACAUUGUAGGAGAUGCUCUCUGUCGACUCAGUACACAUAUGGGUGUCUAAGACGAUUAUCACUCUUAUUUUGGAAUCUCUCAUAUCAGUGCUCGUUAUCUGUGUACAGCUGUCUAAUCACUGUGUACUUAAAAUUCAGCACUGCCAUGUCUAAUUAUGAACAUUCUCAGAGUGCAGAUGUGAUUCAUUUUAAAAGAAUAGUUCAUCCAAAAAUGAAAUUUUACUAACCUUCAUGUCAUUCCAGACCCAUAUAAUGUUCACAAUGGCACGUGUUCAAGCAAGAUUUUCAUUGAAAAAAUGAUUUUGGAUUGUUUCUCACCAAAACCUAUCACGUGGUUUCACAAAACAUUGAAUAUGAUGCACUAAUCGUAUGGUCUACUUUUAUGAUACUUUUAGGCCCUUUUUUAAGCUUGAAAGUGAGGCAAGACCAACCACAGUUUUAAUUAAAACAUCACCUUUUUUGUUCCACAAAAGAAAGAAAGUCAUACGGAUUUGAAACGACAUAAGGGUGAGUAAAUUUUAAUAGAAUUUUUGUUUUUGGGUGAACUAGGCUUUAAUGUCUCACAUUUUCUUUGAUACUGAAUAAAACAAAGCACUUACAUAUUUACAUUUGGCAGACUGUUAUCCAAAGCAACUUACAGUGCAUUAAAGGUAUAUAUAUAUAUAUAUAUAUAUAUGUAUGUAUGUAUAUAUAUUAUUCUUUUUUUUUUUUUUUCUUUUUUAAUCAUUUUGUGUGUCCCUGGGAAUUGAACCUAUGACUCUGGCAUUGCCAGCAUCUUGGGCUUCCAGUUGAGCUACUGGAACUCCUGCUGGAAAAACCUCAUACUGUUUUCUAGUCUAGUCGAGUCAGUGAGGGCUCUUGAAACACACCAAGCAAACACCAUCAUAGCUAUUAAUAACAGACCUCACACUAUAUUCAUACAGUCUGUAUUCUCUAUGCUUCACUCUACUCAGUUUAUCGGCAGUUUAUGAUCUUCAAAGGAAAGAUUAUGUUUGAAAAGCACUUGCAUCGCAUUUACCAACAUUAUAGCUUAAGGCAUUCUCACAUCCAUGCUACCUUUUAGAAUCAUUCAAAAUGAUCAAAACUCUAAACUACGCCUUACAUUACUCUUUAAUGCAUUCAUUGUUUAUUCUUAGUCUGUUAGACGUCUUCGUUGUUUUACCCAGCACCAAAAGUAAAACGUAGCAUGCACCAGCUUCAUUAUACAUGUUCUUGAAUGCUGAAUAUUUUAUCUAUUGGUACUUGUGAUAUAAAUAUGUUUAUUUUCCACAAUGUUUCACCUAUUGGCUUCAUUCUGUGUAUGGACCUGGAAUUGUGGUGUGAAUAUUGUGUAUGUGUGUGCAUCUGUUUUGUGUUUGGAAGACAGUAUUAAUGCUUGCUGCUUGUCCAUUUGUGUUAAUAAGUUUUGCAUAGUAAUUUUGAAAUUAGAAUUUCAUGCACAGACAAGGAAGGAGAGGAUCAAAACAUAAUAAAUAAAUAAAUGCAUAAAUACAGGAAAAUGAAUCACACAGUAUUUCUGAAAUAAAAUAUCUCAUAACACCCACUCUGAUGAUGUUUGUUGGCCCUUAAUCAUCAUUUCCAACGAACAAUCAUCAUUAUUAUAAUAAUAUUACAUUCCAAAGAAGUGAUGACCCCUCAAAACUCACAAGCUUCCUGCAGUGAGAUACUUUGGCCAGCAGAGAGCAGCAAUGUUGUCCUCUUAAAUUUCUUUCACAAAUUGAUUACACAGUAAAACUCAGAGAUAAUUUCCCCCAAAAUAAAAAUUCUGUAAUUAUGUACUUAUCCUACUGUUGUUACAAAAUCAAACUUUCUUUCUUCUUAUAGCAACACAAUCAAUAUUUAACUAUUUAAUAUCUGUAACUAAUCCCAAGUCAUGUUUGUAAUAAUCUAAGCAUAUUUCUGAAUUGUUAGUACAUAUUUACUCCAAGUAUUAGAGAUCUUCAUAUGGUGCAAGUGUGUGUCAUUAUGAAAAAAAAGCAUAUUUGUUAUGAUCUCUUAACAUCUCUUGUGUUUAUAUCAUAUGUAUUGUGCUUUAUCAUAAUUAUCACACUACAUAAUAUUACCAAUAAUAAUACCUCAAACGUGAAUUUUGAACCCGCAGUGUGAAGUGUGUGAAAUUAUGUAAUUCAAUAUGACUUCAAAAUUCAUGUUUGUGGUAUGAACGUGUGUAAUUUAUGUUGCAGAAUAAAUGUCCACAUAUCGUCAAGAAAUGUUUUUCCAUAGACCUUAGUUUUCUCAUAAGUUCAAAAUCCCCAUUAUAAAAUCCCAUAGGAAAAUCCAGAGGGAACCCUUAGCGAAUUCUCUUCCAGGUUUCUUGACUACAACCUGAACAGUAGUUCACCCAAAAAUGAAACUUCUCUCAUGACUGACU